AGUGUUGCACAAUUGAGCAAGUGACUUAGCGACUGGCAGCACUGGAUAGUUUUCGGCAUUGCCACACAGUUACAAUUUUCCCCUUAUCUGCGGAUUGUCGCUACACACCAGGAACUCGAAAAUUAACAAAUAUUAAUUUGCAUUCUUCAGCUUGGCCUAAAUUGUUGUUGUUGUGUGUGCGUGUUUGUUUCUCAAACAAACCAAGCCAAAAUGUAUGCAAAACAUUUGCAAACCGUGCGUGGGUGCAAAAGCCGUACCAUGUAAAAGCCCGAAGAGAAAUACAAACGUAUCAGGAAAAGAAACGCAACAGCCAACAAUAACGGGGCGGCGGCAACAACAACAACAACAAUAAUAAUAAUAAUCAAUACAAAAACAACAACAAUAGCAACAACGACGACGACGUCGUCGUUUCGGUUGCUGCUGCUGUUUUGCUUUGCGGCUUUGUCUUUGUGACGAAAGCAGAACUCGCAAAUAUUUCCACAUAAAACUAUAACAUAAGCCCAACUUAUAGAAAUACAUGUGUAGGAUGUGCCGCAUGGAUAUACGACGCUUCUGCGAAGAUUGGCGGAUCUGGAUUCGUCCACUGCUGAUUGUCACCUAUGUGAUAUUCGCCAUUAUUGUUGUGCCCCUGCUGAUUGUCAACUCGGUGAAAGAUGGCUUCAAGCAGAACGAUCAACUCAUUCUGAUUGGGGGCCUCUUUGUGCUCUCCGCCGUGCCCAUUUCCAUUUGGCAUAUCAUCCAGCAUGUUAUCCAUUUCACAAGGCCCAUCCUGCAGAAGCACAUAAUACGCAUUUUGUGGAUGGUGCCCAUCUACGCGUUAAAUGCGUGGAUAGGUUUGCUCUUCCCCAAGCAUUCCAUUUACGUGGAUUCGCUACGAGAGUGCUACGAGGCAUAUGUGAUCUAUAAUUUCAUGGUUUACCUGCUAAACUAUUUGAAUAUAAGCAUGGAUCUGGAGGCAACGAUGACGUACAAGCCGCAGGUGCAUCACUUCUUUCCGCUCUGCUGCAUGCGUCCCUGGGUCAUGGGCAGGGAGUUCAUUCACAAUUGCAAGCACGGCAUAUUGCAAUACACGGUGGUGCGACCCAUUACCGCAUUUAUCUCAGUCAUUUGCGAGCUGUGCGGCGUUUAUGGCGAGGGCGAGUUUGCGGGAAAUGUGGCCUUCCCCUACAUUGUGGUCAUUAACAACAUCUCACAGUUUGUGGCCAUGUACUGCCUGGUGCUAUUCUAUCGUGCCAACAAGGAGGACUUGAAGCCCAUGAAGCCAAUACCAAAAUUCCUGUGCAUCAAAGCCGUUGUGUUCUUUUCGUUUUUCCAAGGAGUGUUGUUAAACGUUUUGGUGUACUAUAAAAUCAUUGAGCAUAUUUUCGGCGAUGUGGGCGAUGACAAUCUGGCAUCCGUUCUGCAAAACUUUCUCAUAUGCAUUGAGAUGUUUAUUGCGGCUAUUGCCCACAUUUACAGCUUCCCGCAUCAUCCAUUCCACAUUAAUUCACCGCAGUACUGGAAUAAUCCGAAUCACAGCUGGUGCCGUGCCUUUCUCUCCAUGAUGGACAUAUCCGACAUGCAGGAGGAUGUGACGGAACAUUUGGGCGUGGUCAGCAGCUCGAUCAGUCGUCGUUUUCAGGGUCGCAAUACAUAUCAGCCGCUGGUACGUGGUCCUCGACGCUCGAGCAGCGAAUCCGAGUACUUAAUUGGCAAACGGCCGGAACAAGCGACGCCUGGGGGCAGCGGCACACAAGCAGCAGGCGCCGCUGAGGCUGGUGAUAAUAGCAAUAGCAACAAUUACCAACAACAACAACUGCACUUACCGGGCACUAAUUUGAAACAGUCAACGCGUCAACGCGAUACGAAUCAGCAUCUCCGCGAACGGGAUCAGCAGCAUUUUCUUGGCGGCGUUGGCCCGCCACAAGCGACCGGCAGCAGUUUUCUGCAGGCACGUGCUGCUGCAUCCGCUGCAGCACCGAUACCCGAGUCCAACGAUGACUAUGCGCUACUGUUGGGCGCGGGCAGAUGACAUCGCUAUCAGCAGCAGCACAUCGAUGUGCUCGAGGAUGGAGACGAUGUAGAAGUUAGCCAAAAUUUAAAUGCCUCAUCGCUGAGCGCAUCGUUGUCCGUUUCAUUUGGCAUGUCGAGUAGUUUAAAAUUUAGCGCCACGUGCAGCAAUCAGACUGCAUCCGAGUGGUCAAACUCAACGGGCGGUGAUGAUGACAAUGACAAUGACGAAGACGAUGACGACGACGCGGACGAUGACGAGGACGAAGACGAUGACGAUGAAGAUAAUGAUGAUGAUGUAGGGAAUGCAGAGAAUGUUGAACAGAUGCCCAUUGUGGUUGUCGCUUCGACAACGCGACGUCGUCGCGACAGAGAAUACAUCACCUAGACCUAGACCCAUUGAUUAUUGACGCAACGAUAUUUAUGUUUUUCUAUAUACCCCUUCAUUUUUUUCUUUGUUCUCAAUUACCAAAUUAUUUCAUUUGAUUGGCAAACAAUAAUUCCUUUUAACACGAAUACUCACAAUGCAGCAAACUGUUCUGCCAGCCCAAUCUAAUUGGGUACAUUUGAAUUACGUGGCCUUAGUUUUGGAGUGAAAAUAUCAAGAUUCAUGAAAUUCUAGCGAAUCUUCAAUUUACAUAUGCAUUUAUAUGCAAAUAGGAGCAGCGGUUAAUUUUUUUUCGCACAUUUGUAGAUUAGGCUCCAAAUGUUUUAUACUUUCAACUUGAAAUUCAAAUAGGCAAUAAUAAAAUCUAGGAAAACCAUAUGCAGAAUAGUUAUACACAUUUGCUUUGUGACUGUCAGUAGAUUGUACAUUCUUUAGGCUAGUUAUGAACAGUUCUCCAUACUCGUAAUCGAACACGCAUGUUGCAUAGUAGAUAAAUUUAUAAAACAAACCCUUAAAGCAAAAGAUUGUGAAUGAUGUGACUGCCGGUCAGAAAAGGGCGUAACUUAUAUUGAAAACAUAUAUUGUAUAUUACCUAAUGUUAUUCUCAAUAAUAUAAUUAUGCAAACAAUUAUUUAAAUGAUGUAUUUUUUCUGUUUUUAUUAUUUGAAAUUGCAAUUUAAUGUUGAUGUUUUAUAAAACACAUUUUCUUUUAAACAUUGCACAACACUUUCUAAAUUUUCUUUUUUAUAUUAUAUGCACUUUAACGAAUGAUUGGACGUAUGCUUGUUAAUAGGAAAAAAUAAAAAGCAAGAUUUGUUUUUUUAUUAUUUAUAUUACGGUAUUAUUUUUUAUACUUUUACCUUUAUUCUUCAAAGAUAUUUGUAGAGAAAACUUAUUUAUACUCUUUCAAAAUGCGAUGAUUAUUUAGUCUAUAAUUUAUAUAUGCAUAAUUAUGCGCUACUAUUCAUGACAAUAUUUUAAAAAUCAAGUCUAAACUCUAUUGAGAUUACUGUCGGUCCUGGGCCAAUUUUAAUGGCCAAAGUUUUUGAGAUUGAGCCAUAUCCAACAAACUAGAUAAACCUGUUGGCAAAUAACCAAAUUAUAGCUUUUGAAUCUUUUUCAUAGCUGUGAUUGGUCAAGCUGAAAAUUUUCCAUGGUCUAUUUAUCAUUUUUGUUAACGACCCAUAAAAUUGCGAGACGCUUUUUUUUUAUCACACUCAUUUGAGCAGAUAAAAUAGAAAUAUCAUUAGUCAUUGUAUAUGCAUUCGUACAAAUGUUUUGAAGUGCUUUGCUGAUAAGCUACAUUAAAUUACUUAACCAGUUGCUUUUAGCAAAUCAGCGCCCAGCCAUAAAAAGAUUUAAAGCGUUCAUUUGCAACAUUUGAUUAUGUUUAUUGUGUUUUAUUAUUUUCAUAAUUUUUAUGUCUUUUACUUAAUACUUGCAUUCUCAGAUGAAAAAGAAUAGAAACAAUAAUAUAAAGAAAAAUUAAAUUACCUGACACAUUAAUUGCAAGAGCAGCGAACGACGAUUAGUAAAAAAGAAAAACCACAGAACUGGUGGACAAGGACAAAAUGUUUUAAGUACAGGCAAAAGCAUAAUCGAAUAUAAAUUAAAAUGGCAUUACAAACAAUACGUACAAAUAUCAAUCAAAUCAUUCCAAUAAGCCGU